AUGGCGAAUACAGGAGGUGAUGGUCUGGUCGCCGCUCGUCACCUAGCGCACUAUGGAUAUAAACCUACCGUCUAUUAUCCGAAACAGGGCAAAAACGAACUAUAUGAGCGCCUCAAAACCCAGCUGAAGAAUCUUUCUGUACCAUUUACAUCGGAUUUCACUGCGUCUCUUGAAUCAUCCGAUCUGGUAGUGGAUGCUAUAUUCGGUUUUUCAUUCAGCGGGCCGCUCAGAGACCCGUUUCCCGCCAUAAUAUCCCAACUCGAGCGGACCGAGGUUCCGGUACUGAGCGUUGACGCACCCAGUUCAUGGGACAUCGAGUCUGGGCCGCCCAAGGAUGGCCCUGGCUCGAAAUUUAUGCCUGACGUGCUGGUCAGUCUAACAGCCGCUAAGCCGUGUGCGAAAUGGUUCAAGGGAAGACAUUUCUUGGGCGGAAGGUUCUUGACCCCUGAUAUUGCGGGUAAGUAUGGGUUGGAUCUUCCGGAGUAUCCAGGGGUUGAUCAGAUCAUGGAGGUCGAUGUGAACGGGGACGGGGGUGGGAGGCUCUGA